AUGGACGCUGCCCCGUCUGCCGCCCCCGACGUGUCAGACGCGACGCCAGUAAAGAAACGUCGGGCCUCAACGACGACUGCUACGACUGCUACGACUGCUACUUCGACCAGCAGCAGCAGCAGCAGCACUGGCGCCAGUCAACGCCCGGUUUUGCAUAGCGUUACUUCAGCAAUGGCCCCAACGGACCGCGAGCCAGUUGAGGGCACCGAGUGGCCGCUCGUGAGGCCCACUGAGCCGAAGAAUCCAUUGCUGGCGGCGUUGGGCGGGACGCCGCGCGCCCCUUUUGAGGCGACUGCGGCCGUCGGAGUGCCGCCGCGAAGGGAGCGACGUGCGGCGCCUGUGGGGCUGUGGGCCGACGAGGAACAGAAAACAGACCGCGCGGUCGCUGCUGCGCAAGAGGCAGUGCGGCGCUGCAGUGGGGCAGCAGAUGUGUGCGACGUCGCAGGUCCCGUGUCGGACCCGACACCGACCAGAGCGAGCGCGGCGCUGGGAGGUGGGGCAGUCUCGUUAAUUGGGAAGCGCAAACGGGAGGACAAGAGGGCAGCGACUGUGCUGUCGGAGUUUGUGGCGUACGCGCGAGAACACAUUCACAGCCAAGAAGUGGGGGACGAGGGGUUCUCGAUCGACCCGUCAGAACGGGCGGUCGAGCACCGCGCGAGUAAAGUCGUGCGGCGGGAGAUCCUGAUUGCCUCACCGGCUGCGCACGACGAGGAGGACUACGACGGCAGUGGACGACUGCCGCUGGUGAAAAUGAACGAGGUCGAAGCGGCGCUGACGCCGUCGGAGCACUUUGACUUGCAGCCGACCGACAUUAUCUUGCACGUGUUUGCCUUCUUGGUGACGGCAAAAGACCUGCAGAACAUGUCGCAAGUGUCGAAGAAGUGGAAAGAGCUGACGAGUCGGCGGUCGUUGUAUCGUUCGCUGCCGAGUGUGACACAGGAAGGGUCAGUCAACUGGAUCAAUUUCAAGAACUUGGGCAUCAAGAACAAGGGGACCGAAGGCACUUGCAUCAAAUGCUGCCAGCGCUCGACUGGAAAAAUCCUGGCUAUGAAAAAGGCUCGAGUUUUUCCCAAGGGAGAAGGAGUCCCGUAUUAUAUGCUCAGAGAGCUAGCUGUCCUGAAAGGGAUCAAGCACGAUCACAUUGCGUCCCUCGAGCUGAUAAGUCUCGCUAAAGACGAACUCCAUGUGUUUUUUCCUUACGUGGACAAGACGCUGCACGAAGUCAUCAAUCCAACAGGGGACCCGUCCGGUGGCCGCGUAUUGUCGGAGACUGUGAUUCGCAAGCUGCUUCACCAACUCCUGGAUGCAAUCGCGUACUGCCAUCGCCGCGGAGUGUUACACCGUAAUUUGAAACCUAAACAUUUGUUGAUCAAUGCGCCUGACACGGAGACACUCAGUGACGCUACGCUCCAAAUCUCUGACUUUGCACUGGUGAGAGCAACGGGGAUUCCUCGGCGAACGUACACGAUGGAGGUAGUAACGUUGUGGUACCGUCCUCCAGAGAUACUAAUGGGGGUGCGCGGCUAUUCCUCUGCGGUCGACAUAUGGUCUGUGGGCUGCAUUUUUGCUGAGAUGGCCCAGGGCAAGCCGCUGUUCACGGGCAUCUCCGAAAUUGACCAGCUGUUUCAAAUUUUCAGCAAGCUGUCAACGCCAACGUCUGAGACGUGGCCAGGCUUUUCAUCGUUGCCCAACUAUCACUUUGAGUUUCCUCACUGGAAGCGUCGACCCCUGAAUCGUUUAUUUCCAAGGAUCUCGGAUCUUGGCAUCGAUCUGCUGACUAAGCUUCUCGUGUACAACCCCGACCAAAGAAUUACAGCCGAAGACGCGCUUCGCCACCCAUACUUCUCAAACGAGGCUUUUGCGUUUCUGCCGCUCACGCCAAAGAUUCCAAUGGACCAAAUGUGCUACACAAUGAGUCGAGCCCGGAUUGGCUCUACUCCAGAGCACGUGGAUUUGUUCCAUGCUUACUUGCGUCAGACAGAGCUAGAGUCGUGGAAAGAAAUUAAGUAUUUGAGCCGACAGAAAACACUUCGGCCGGCACACCGGUCGAUGCUUGUCGAUUGGCUGAUCGAAGUGGUGGACGUGUUUGAAAUGUGCCUACGAACCGCGUUCUUGGCAGUCAAUUACACCGACCGGUACUUGGAUAUCGUAAUGGUGAAAAAGACGCAGUUUCAAUUACUCGGGGCGACUUGUUUGCACGUCGCUUCUAAAUGCGAGGACGUUUCCUAUAUUGGGGUGGAAGAUCUCGCGAUGUGCGCCGAUAACGUGUAUACAUCCGUGGAAGUGUUGGAAAUGGAAGAGAAGUUGUUGAAUACGCUCAACUUUACGCUCUCGGUGCCCACCGCUUUGGACUUUUUGAAUAUAUACGAGCGCAUGAUCCCGCCCAUCCAGAAAAAGACGUCCAUGCUGGCGCACUACUUGCUUGAGCUGGCAUUACAAGAGUACCAGUUUUUGAAGUAUUUGCCGUCUGUGGUAGCUACAUGCUGCCUUUCGAUGGCAAUGUACACCGUGGAUGGGUUCCCGAUGACGAAGGAGCUAGUGGACGCUUGCCAGUACAAUUGGUCGGGUCUCAAGGGGUGCAUGGGCGAGCUCCAGACGUUGUACUCCAACUCACCGUCAAACAACCUGGCGGUGAUAAAAAAACGCUACUCGAAGGCUGAGCGGUGUCAAGUGGCGAAUGUUCUCCCGCCGACGUCGUUCAACAUGGCAUUCUAG